CCCCGGCAAUCCCCCUGCGCUGGGGCUGGGCGGAGGGGAGGCGUCACUGCGGGCAGGCUGCCCCGGCAAACACCUCCCCGCCACGUCACUGCCGGGAACUGGAGCCCAGCUGCGCCGGCUAGUGCUGCUGCCUGCCGCGCCACAGGCCCGGGGGCUGGAGCGCGCCGGGGGACCCGAUCCGCGCACGGCAGCGGCUGUCUCGCCGCCCCGCCCCGCUGGUUCAAUGGAUUUAACAAGUCAACCAUGUUCCUUAAAAGAUAACUCUAUUAAUCUGAAAGUUACUGACCAUUCUGGCACACAGAUUGACAACCUCAUCUAUCUUAAAGAAGAACUAGAAAAAUGGAAGGAAAGGCUUGAAAAAGCUGAAAAACAAAAAGAUGAGCGCCUUCUUUUGAAACUAAGUGCUGAUAAAGAGAGAGACCAGGCACAAGAUGAGCUGAAAAAGCUAAUGGAUUUAGAAGAGGAGCAAAAUAAGGAGAACAUGAUAAAAAAGGAAAACCAGGAGAGAAAUCUUGCUGUAGUUAAGCAACAAAAUAUUGAGCUGCAGAAGGAGAUUCAGAAGCUCAAAGAUGACCUUGCAGCAAAGAGUUCAAAGCUUUCACAGGAUUUUCGGAUUAAAAGAGAGAUACCGAAAAAGAAAAUGAAGUUUACUAGGAUGGAAAAUGCUGAGAGUGACGACACAUUUUUGAAUACUUGCUGCCUUUUUCACAUAGCUGCAAAAAUUCCAUUCAGAUUGCAGCAAAGACAAGCUCUUCUCACUUUUGAAGAGGAGGAUGUUGCCCAGAAACUGAUAAGAAGAGGUAAGCAUACUGUGAGCCUGGAUAAUGAAAAGAUAGAGUUGAAAGCAGUGCCGGUUACACUAGAAACAGGAGUCAAAUUUGAGCUCCAUGUAACACUUUCUGGAGAGAAGAUCAAUGUUUCUGAAGUACCAGAUCUACCAAUACCUGAUGAGUGGAUCAGAGACAAACUAGAACUGAAUUUCUACAAAUCCAAACGAGGAGGAGGAGAAGUAAAGGAUGUGAGAUAUGACAGAAGGUCUCGCACAGCCAUGAUUACAUUCCUCAAACCUGGAGUUGCUGACAACUGUGUGAGAUGUACAAAGCAUCCUUUCUACAUAAAUGAAAAGCGCUUUAUGCUUUCUGUUUCCCCACGCAUAGAAAAGCAUUUGGAAAAAUUUCAGAUAUUUUCUGGGAUUUCCAAGAGGACCAUACUGCUCUCAGGAAUCCAAGAGGUUGAGGAGGAUGAGGAGAGCAUGCAGGACAUGAUUGAAAUUCAUUUUCAGAAGCCUAGCAAUGGCGGCGGGGAGAUUGAGAACAUCAAAUAUGUAGCAACAGGAACCAAACUAGCCUAUUUUGAGGAAGACACUGAGAAUGUGUCAUGAAGCGUUACAGCUGGGACUUUCACUUUGCCCAGUGUGACAUAGUAUAACGGAAAAUGUUGCAGACUUAGUUUUUUUUAAUAUCUGUGCUUUUUAAUCUUCAAAAUUUACACUUGAAAAGAAGAACUGCCUGCCUUUCCUUCCUUUCAUCUGCAUGAUGCCCAGACUCUUAGGGAAUGUCUACGCAGCCAUUAAACACCUGCGACUGGCCUGGAUCAACUGACUCAAGCUCAGGAGCUUGGGCUGCAGGGCUGUAAAAUUGCGAUGUAGAUGGUCAGGCUCAGGCUGGAGCCCAGGCUCUUGGACCCCGCAAGCUGGGAGGGUCCCAGAGCCUGAACAUCUACACUGCCAUUUUAAAGCCCCACAGCCUGAGUCAGCUGACCCAGCCUAGCCUCAUGUAUUUAAGUGCUGUGUAGACAUGCCUUUAUGGUCUGGAGCGCACAGCUAUGUGAAACCCACUGGUUCUGGCCUGUAGAGAUUCCUUGUAAAGUUCAACAACAAAUAUUACGCAAAGCCAAGAUCUCAGUGCAACACUCAUCUGAAAUCUUAGAAUUUGCUUAAUGUAUGUGGGUCCACCAAACCCCUAAACCCCUCACCAACACCUGAAACUUGAUCAAGGUUGCUUUCUGAAAAUCAGAUCUGAGUUUUGCAUGGAUAACAAAACCCCAAACUUGAUAGAUUUUUCCUAGUUGAGGCUGUGUUAUGUAAAGCUUUACACAACUGCUCAAGAGUGACUUCAAUGUAUAUGCUUUUUUAAAGUGGCUCUUCUUCAGACAUUGUAUAGCCCAAUAGGACUUCAAUCCUGAUCAGAUCCUUUGGUGCUACCAUACUACAAGCAACUGAUAAUUAUUCUGUAAUUUUAUAAGAUUCUAUUAUCAAAUUAGCUGCAGAAUGUCAAUAAUAAAGGAAGUGAUAUGCAGUU